GAAAUUCACCAACUAGGCAGUGAAGAAGAGGACUGCUUGCAAGUAAACGUGGAGGGUAUAUAAGCAGAAGCAGAAGUCUCCCAAGACGGAGCAGCAGCAGCAGCAGCAGCAGCAGCAUCAGCAGACCGACUCCAACCAUCAGCAGCUUCUCUCUUCAACUUCAUCUGAGUCCUGCGACGGAUCAUCGACCCUGACCUAUCGCCACCAUGUCUGAUAGAGCCGCCACCCUGCCCCCCGAUACUCCCCCCGAUACUGCCCCCGAUACUGCCCCUCCUCGUCCCAGCGGACCCCCUCCCAAGACGACGAACCGUGGCCGCACCGCCGUUCCCGUCUCCAGCUCCAACUCUGACUCAACUGACAUACCUGAGUUUGAGCCCUUUGGUUUCCCGGGCCCGAGAGGAUUUCCACCUAUGACUGAGUAUCUCGACAUCACGGAGGUGGACAUGCUGAAGGAGCGGAACGAGAGCAACAAGAUUGAACACCACACCGAGUUGUACAACUCUGACUAUCUCGUCGUCCGUCGGGGACAAGAGUUCCAGGUCAAGAUCAAGUUCAACCGUCCCUACAAACCCGAAACAGACAAGUUUGCAGUGGAGUUUGUCAUCGGCUCCAACCCCCAGUACAGCAAGGGCACCUACAUUCCCGUCUUCAUCACCAAGGACCGUCAAAGCUCCUGGGCAGGCCGCAUCACAAACACCGCCGGCAACACGGUCACCAUGGGCAUCACUCCCGCGGCGAACUGCAUCGUGGGGAAGUACCACAUGUACGUCGCCGUGGUGACGCCCUUCGGCAUCCGCAGGACCAGACGGGACGAGAGCCGAAACCUCUACAUCCUCUUCAACCCCUGGGCUACAGCUGAUGCCGUGUUCCUGGACGAUGAGAAAGAGAGACAGGAGUGUGUGUUGAAUGAGAUUGGGAUCAUCUACCACGGCGCCUACGAUGAUGUCGCUGAAAGAGACUGGAACUAUGGACAGUUUAACUACGGAGUCCUGGAUGCCUGUCUGUACAUCAUGGAUCGGUCUGACAUGCCCAUCACCGACAGAGGAGACCCCGUCAGGGUGACCAGGAAGGCCUCUGCUAUGCUGAACUCUCGUGAUGACGACGGCGGCGUGCUGGUGGGGAACUGGAGCGGCGACUACACUUACGGAGUGGCGCCCACUUCCUGGACUGGCAGCACAGAGAUCCUGCUCACCUACGAAAGCACCAAGCAGCCCAUCUGCUACGCUCAGUGCUGGGUCUACGCCGCCGUCUUCAACUCCUUCCUGCGCUGUCUCGGCAUCCCGUCGCGGGUCAUCACCAACUUCUACUCUGCUCACGACAACGAUGGAAACCUGAAGACCGACAUCAUCCUGGACGAGAACGGCAGGAUCGACCGCGCUCGCACCAGAGACUCUAUCUGGAACUAUCACUGCUGGAAUGAGUGCUUCAUGUCCAGACCAGACCUCCCAACUGGCUUUGGAGGCUGGCAGGUUGUGGAUGCGACACCACAGGAGACCAGCGAUGGCAUGUACAGAUGUGGUCCUGCAUCAGUCCAUGCCAUCAAACAUGGUCAGAUCUGCUUCCCAUUUGACGCUGCCUUUGUGUUCGCUGAGGUCAACAGCGACGUGGUGUUUUAUUCCCGGAGUAAGGAUGGGACCAUGGAGCCGGUCAAAGUGAACCGGACUCACGUAGGCCGCAUGGUGUUGACCAAAACUCCAGGAGAAAUGACCCGCCGCGACAUCAGCGAUCAAUACAAGUUUCCUGAAGGCAGUACGGAGGAGCGGACGGUCCUGGAAAAAGCGGAAGAGUACGGCUGUCAGCGGGAGAAGUCCGACCUUCCUGAGGCUGACGUGGACCUGGUCCUGCCCACCCUGGAGGUCAGCGUGGGUGACGACUUCGAGCUGAGCCUGGAGUUCGUAAACCGCAGCGACCAGGAGCGCACCGUGGACGCCUACAUCAGCGGGAGCGUGGUGUUUUACACCGGAGUCAGCAGCACCGAGUUCCUGUUCAGUACUCCCUCAGUGACGAUUGGGCCAAACAAAAGUGUGAAGGAGUUGGUGACGGUCGAGUCAAGGGACUACAUGAAGCAUCUGGUGGAACAGGCCAACCUCCACUUCAUCGCCACUGGGAAGAUCAAGGAGACCGGCCAGAUCGUCACCGCCAUGAAAGUCGUCACCCUGCACAACCCCAAACUCACCGUCACGGUGUCCGCAGUUGGCAAAGUGAAUGAAGAGAUGAUGGCGAAAGUGGAGUUUACAAACCCCUUCACCACCAGCCUGCAGGGCGUCUCCAUUCGCAUGGAAGGACCCGGGCUCAUGCCGCUGAAGUCCAGAUAUUACAGUCUGCUCCCAGGACACUCCUCCCUGACCUGGAGCGAGUUUUUCGUCCCGCAGAGGGCCGGCAUCAGCAGGGUGAUGGCCUCUCUGGACUGUCCUGAGCUCAGGCAGGUCUCCGGCCAGGCGUCCGUCACCAUCAAUCCCUGAGCCGCCGAUCGCUGCAGAAUCACUGACGCCAGACAACAUUCAACUCACGUACACAAUAUAAGCAUAUAACAUAGUUACAGCUUACAGCUUAACAGAUGUAGCUUCAGCAUUUAUGAUAACAAUAGUUUAGUCAUAAGAAAAGAGAGAUCUCUUUGAUCUAGAAAAUACAGUUAUUUUUAAAAGUGUGUUAAUGCAAGUUU